GCUGCAUCAAAUUUUUCGUCUCAGCCGGCCACUUGAGUCAAGUGACUUGACACAUUUGCUCCCAUUCCUUCGGGCACUUUCCCUCUGGCGCCAGUCUGAAAAGCCGGACCGACGUCAAAGUGUUUUAGACAAUUCCCCACUCGAUCACCAUCACUCCUGCCAUGUCGACGACAAGUGCGGACCUGCUGGACCCGCUGGAGCUCACGGCGCUGCCGCCGCUGUCUCCUACCAUGGAGCGUGCCUUCUCGGAGGCCUUCGCGGAUAUGUCAGAGCUCGAGAAGAGCGAGGACGCCACUGUCAUUAAACUGGAGGAGGCUCUACAGCCGCAGUGGCCGGCCAGUGACGACGACGCGCUGGUCACGAAGAAGCACGCGGCCUCGUCGCCGUCGCCCGACAAUCAGCAGAAGCACAAGAGCGAGAUCCGCAGCAUGAGCCCGAGUGGCACAAAGAAACAAACAGCAAAAGACGCAGCCGAAGCCAAGCGUGCCAGACGCUCAGCCAUCGAGAAAAAGUCGAGACAGAGGCGGCAAAAUGUCCUCAAAAAGAUGAGGGAGGAAGUCAAGCAACUCGAGAAAAUGUACGCCGACAUGGCCAGCCAGAAGGAGGCAGGACUUUGGUCCAGCGAUUUAGAGAAACAGACACAAAUUUGCCGGGGAAAGAGUGCAACUAUGGACGAGUUGCAACAGAAAUACUCCGAGCUGACUCUGGUCGCGCAUGCACUCGAGGAAGACCAGGAAGAGCUGCAAAAGCUGCUGCAACAACACGAAGAGUUCCAAAAGGCGGUCAGGAGCUUGUCGGACGAAGACAUGGAGGAGAGGAGCUGCAUCUGGGACACUGGAGUGCCGCCCAGCGCGUCAUUUAAGGCGAGAUUUAGGACGCUGACGAUGGCAGAAUGUUACGCAUUGGUACGCGAGUCGUACGAGGAGAUCCAGAGAUUUAACGACGCGGAACACUUUGAAACGACAGGAGCGAACUUCAUGGGCUGGACAGAUAAAAGGAAAUACGACUCGAGGACAGGGUCGCUUCAGUAUGCAUUUACCAAGAAAUUCCCGCGUGAAAGUCCAGAGGGUUUACUCAUGAAGACUUGGGAUAUUUUCUUGGACGCCUCUAAAUUCAAGGACAUGUCGUUUGACAGGUCUGUCAACACUCGGUACGAAGUGUUGCAACAGAUGAAUGACGACCUGCGCAUCGUCCGACGGGAUCACAGGAUCCCGAAUAUUGAGAUCACAUUCGCCACGGUGCAGAUUAUUUUCCGCCUGCAGACGCCUACAGGUUAUACACUGUGCAUGCGUACGAUUCCUGCACCGGAAAUCCAAGGCGUUCAGGACCAACACGAGUAUUUCUACGAGGUUUACCACUGGACCCAUUUCAAUCGAGUGUAUGAUGAGUUUGGCAAUCCUGCAGGAUGCGAGAUCGUUGCUGCAGGCUCCAUUGCCGAUCAGAACCAGCUGAAGUCCACGUACUGGCUGUUCGAACUCGUGUGCUCCAUUCUGCGCUGGGAAACAGCGUGCGUCGCGCCGCUGUUCCUAAAGCACUUUUAGCCACACUCAUUAGGAUUAGAAACUUACUACUGCGUAGUACACAAUUUAUCGUUGUUGGGUUCCGCCCCAGCGACAAAAUCUACUGCCAAUUUGCCUACCAGCAUCUUUCGA